AAAUCCACAACGUGUUGACUUCUCAAGACAAACACCGUUUUCUUUUCUUUUUUGUCCCCAAAAUCGACACACACUUUUGCACGUCUUUCUCUCACAUCGACAGCGAACAUGGAAGAGAUAAGGCCUUCACCAUCACCGCCAACAGCGACGUCCGCCUCCGGCGCCUCCACUGACCCAAAAACAGAGAACGAAACGACGUCUUCAGUGAUGUCUAGAGUGAAGAAAGGUUGCUUAUCCUUGUCAGUUUCGUUGCAGGAAGGGUUUCGCGAUUUCAAAGCCUUCUUCAUCGGCCAGGCAAAGAAGCUGACGGCAAGGAACGAGAAGGAAGCGACAGAGGCUGAUCUAGCGACGGCGAAGAUGGAGGUGGAAGCCGCUGAUGAUGCUGAAAAUAUGAAGAAGAGAAUAGAGGACAGGUCUGGUUGAUUGAAGCUUUCUUGUUGAUGUACUUCGCAAGUAUACUCUACAUAAUAAUAUGUUUUUUUUUUUAUAUAUUAAAAAACAAAAAAAGGUGAUGAUAAACGUCGUCGUAAAUGGAAGAAAGAACCAGAGAGAAGAACUUGACUAAUUCGAUGCCGUUUUCUUCUUCCUAAUUCGAGUUUGGAAAGAAACACUAUACAA